GAGAUCAGACGCGCUGGAGUGCAGCGGCGAAGCGAAGGAAUUGCAGCGACGGUGAGAUCAUAACUGAUUGACGACGUUGAACUGUUGCCGGGAAAUGGUGGUGGAAGGUGAUAAAGGGAAAGGAAUUGAGACAAGCAACAGCCUUGUUAACAGUGCAGAAGAUGAAGACAAGACUUCCAGUCCCAGUUUGCCUGCUGUGAAAUUCACUUCUCUAAACGCUGCCUCCAAAUAUGACUUCGUUAAGGUGAAGGUGUGGUUGGGAGAUAAUGCGGAUCACUACUAUGUCUUAUCCAGAUUUUUGCUCAGUAGAAUGUCAACGGUCACAAAGAUCCCGAAUCAUAUAGCUAUUAAAAUUGCUCUUGAACUCAAGAAGCUGCUUGUAGAUAACAGCCUUCUGGAUGUCUCUCAGACUGAUUUGGAAGCUAAUCUUUUCAAGCUUAUGGAGCGUUGGGAUUAUGGGCAAGAGUACAUAAACCGUUACAAGAUGAUGACCAGGUAAGUGAGGGCUUGGCUGAACAAGGACAGAAGUCUCAAAAGGAUAGAUUUGGAGUUCUAAUAGUAUGUGAACAUUAGUUGCAUGUUGUUUGUCAUAUUAAUAUCUGUUUGCCAUGCUACUUCCUUUUAGAUUUCACCAUCAAAGAGUUCCAUUGGUAAUUCUUGUUUGUGGAACUGCUUGUGUUGGAAAGUCAACCAUUGCCACACAGCUUGCACAAAGGCUAAAUUUGCCAAAUGUCUUGCAGGUUUGGAAUUCUAUAUUUCGAUUAAAUUAUUCUUUUCUUUCAUGAUUAAUGUAUUGUUGUUUGCUCAUAUCUUGAACAUAUAUUCACUUGGGCUAGUAUAGAAAAGCUGCAUAAAGCAUUGUUUCCUCAUUUUCUAAAGUGGAACUCAACAUUACUUAUAGAUCAACAGACUAGCAUGGUUCCAGUUUCCAUUUUGUUCUCAAUGUGUGACAACGCUACCAACAUUGCUUCUGAUGUUCAUGUUUCUUUUGUUCAAAACUGCUUUUCUGAUUUUCUUCCGUGCCUUUGUCUUUUGCGUUUUCAAUCAUUAUAGACAGAGAUGGUAUAUGAGUUGCUGUGCACAUCAAAAGAGUAAGUCCAGAAUCUUUUCAAUUUCAUCUUUUAGUAUCUUGUAUUGCUUAAAGUUCCCUAUGUAGAUACCCAUGUAUCAGAUAAAUUAUCAGAGCUCCAAAUUUAAAAAUGAUAGCUGACAAUCAAGAUGUUUUCUGGCUCCAGUUGCAGCAAAGAACAUAUUUCUAGCUUGUCUGUUCAAGGAAAGGGGAUGUUUGAUAUGAAUUAGUAAUAAAAUUUUUGCAGUCAU